GCGGCAGCAUUUUGAUUGGUCAGACAAACCGGAAAGAGGGAAUUUCAAAACAAAGCAAGAUAUUUUCAUAAACUUGCUUUGUGCUUGAUGAAUUGAACAAUGGACAAGAAACAAUGCAAGGUGAAGGUCGUGAUAAGAGUACGUCCGCCACUGAAGCAAGAUGUGAAAACAUGUGUGAGUGCUUCCAGUGACAGCGUGCAGAUCUUCAACCACAGAAAUGUCAAGGAGAAUAUUCAGUACCAAUUUUCUGCUGUAUAUGGCAUGGAGAGUACACAGCUGCAGAUAUACACAGACUGUGUGAAACCACUCUUGCCUAAAGCUCUGAAGGGACAGAAUGUUUCUAUAUUUGCUUAUGGCCCUACUGGAGCAGGUAAAACACACACAAUGCUUGGCACUUCUACUAAUCCUGGGGUGAUACCAAGAGUUAUAAAUGGCCUGUUUGAAAUGAUAGAAGAAAACAAGAAGAUUGAAGGGGAUGAAUGGCAGUAUAAAGUCACAUUCUCCUUCCUUGAAAUUUACAAUGAAAAGGUUCAAGAUUUGUUAGAACCAUCAGGUUCUGACCUACCUAUCCGAGAGGAUGCAGAGAAAAAUAUACUCAUUCCCGGCCUUGCCAGAAAGGAAAUACACAGCUUUGAUGAAUUUAAAAUGGCUUUUGGACCAGCUUCAAAUAAUAGAACUGUGGCAGCAACAAAGUUGAACGAACACUCGAGUAGAAGUCACAGUAUAGUUCAGCUUACGGUCACAAAGUCAAAGCCUUGUAGAACUUUAUAUGGGAAAAUCUACCUCAUAGAUCUCGCAGGAUCCGAAGACAAUAGACGCACAGGAAAUCAGGGCAUCAGGUUGAAAGAGAGCGGAGCUAUAAAUAAAUCAUUGUUCUCACUGGGUGAGGUGGUGGAUGCCAUUAACUCAGGCCUCCCAAGAAUACCAUAUAGGAACAGCAAAUUGACUCGACUUUUACAGGAUUCUAUAGGUGGUACAUGUCAUUCUUUGAUGAUAACAAAUAUUGCACCAGAAGAAAAAUAUUACUAUGAUACCUACUGUACUCUGAACUUCGCCACGAAGAGCAAGAAAAUUGUAAAUAACACUGCUGUUAGGGAGACCAUCGGCAUAGUAAAGCCAGUUCCUCAGGUAAGGAAGGCAUCACCUGUUGUCAGGGAAUCAGAAGCUAAAGUGAAGAGACCACGCCUAGAUUGUAGUACAGACUCCAUCUCUAGUGAUGUUGGUCCGUCACUAAGUCCUUUGAUGAAGAGACAGGAGCAGUGGGAGGAGACAGUAAACAAGCGUUUACAGGAACUGGAAAGUAACCUUAUCACUCAGAUGAAAACCAUACACACUGUAUUACCUGUUGAUGUUGCUAAUGGAGCACAGACACCAAAAACAAAAGCCAUACAAGAGAUGCAACGACAACUGGCAGCCAGUCACGCCCAGUUGAAGGAGUUAGCCAGUAGACAUAUGGUGUCCCCGCCCCCUGUGCAGCCUGUUGCACCAGUACAACCUGAGAAACAGAUCCUCAGUGACAAGACAAACACAGAAAAAGCUGAACUCCCUAAACCAACUAUCCAGAAAUUUGAACGUCCUAUUGGUGGUAUCAAGAGGAAGAAGGUGGAGGAAUUCUCCUGUAGUCCCCUGUUUGCCCCGCCUCCUGGCAGGUUGAAAAAGAAAAAUUUUGUUUCCACAGCUUGUGCUUCAAACUUGAAAGAGUCUACAUCAGGUUCAAAGGAGAAUGUGACCAAAGAGGAGAAAAAAGCUGCAGAGAAGCCAGAGAAAGCUCUCCUCAAUUCAGCAUCUCAACAAAAAAGAAAUGAGGAAUUUAUACAAAUUUUAAACACAUCAUCAGUAAAAGAUCUCCAGUCCCUGCAGACAGUGGGAGCAAAACGUGCCAAACUUAUCUUUGAAUGGAGGGAAACAUAUGGAUCCUUCACAAUGGCAGAUGAUUUGAAAAAGAUACCAGGGUUCACAGACAAGACAGUUCAAAAACUUUUACAUAGUAAUCUAGUGACAGUAACUUGAAAUAGGAAGUCCGAUCUCAGAGAACCUUUGUGCUCAACUUGAUCAUGUGACAUUGCAUGAAGAUCAUGUGACAAUGCAUGAAUAUACAUAGGCAGCAAACGUUAUACUCAAGUGUUAGAUCUCCUGGAGAAGUACAUACGUACUUCAAAAUGAAAAAGAUGAAUUCAGGAAUAUUUAAAUCAUGUAUAUAAUACAAGUGUCGUGAUUUUAAAAAGUAAAUGGCUGCUUAGUGUGGAACAGUUCCAUUUGUACCGACUUUGUGCUGGAAGAUGUGUGUAUAUAUGUUGUUGUCAGACAUGCAUUUCUCAGCCAGGCCAUGUUAAACAACCUCUCUCUCUAUCUUUCUGCAGGCUUUGCAGCAUUCCUACUUUUAUGAAAGUGCUCCUAUUUUUUCCUUCUUUUCUAUAAAACCUCCUAUUACUCCUACUUUUUGUACCCCCCGACAACAAAGUUGUAAGGGGGGGUAUACUGGUUUCAGGUUGUCUGUCUGUCUGUCCGUAGACGCAAUCUUGUGCGCACCAUCUCUCCUUAUCCCCUUGACAGAAUUUAAUGAAACUUCACACAAGUGAUCAGUACCAACAGUAGUUGUGCAUGGGUCAUGUUAGGUUCUUUUAGAAAAAAAAAUUUGCAGAGUUAUGGGACUUUGUUUUUUUGUUACUAUACUAUAUACAUAGACACAAUCUUGUGCGCACCAUCUCUCCUCAUCCCCUUGACACAAUUUAAUGAAACUUCACACAAGUGAUCAGUACCAACAGUAGUUGUGCAUGGGGCAUGUUAGGUUCUUUUAGAAAAAAAAUUUGCAGAGUUAUGGGACUUUGUUUUUUUGUUACUAUACUAUAUACAUAGACACAAUCUUGUGCGCACCA